AUGUCGACGUCCGCAGUACCGGUACUCCUCCCGUCCUUGCUGGACACGGAUCUGUACAAAAUGACAAUGCAGCAGGCAGUGCUCCAGCACUUCCCUGAGGCCCAAGUCACAUACCGCUUCACGAAUCGGGCGCCUGACAUGUUGUUUACGCGCGCAUCAGUCGAUGCGAUCCAGAAGAGUAUUGAGCAUCUUGGCCGUCUACAGUUCACCGACGACGAACUGUCGUGGCUUCGUACGCACUGUGCCUACUUCCGUGAGCCGUACCUGCAGUUCCUGUCCAGAUUCCAGUUGCAACCUGUCGAGCAGAUCAAACUGUCGUUUGUGCCCCAUGGCGAUGGUGAGCACGGUCAUCUCGACUUGGAGAUUCAUGGCCUAUGGAAAGAGGUGAUUCUGUACGAGGUGCCUGUGAUGGCCAUCAUCAGCGAAACGUACUUUGCCCUGUGCGAGCAGGACUGGUCGAUUCGCGGUCAGCGCGAGUUGGCAUACAAGAAGGGCAGGCAGAUGCUCGAGAAUGGUGUUAUUCUCAGCGAAUUCGGUACGCGCCGUCGUCGCUCCUUUGCGACCCACGAAGCUGUGAUCCAGGGUUUGUUGGAUGCGCAUACCGAUAUCCAGUCGUCGAAUCAGCCGGGCGCCGGGAAACUGCUGGGUACCAGCAACGUGUACUUUGCCAAGAAGUAUCACCUGGCUCCGAGCGGUACGAUUGCUCAUGAAUGGACGAUGGGUAUCGCGGCGAUUCGUGGCUACGAUCACGCGAAUCUGCAUGCUCUUCAGCUGUGGGAUCAAGUGUACCAGCCUCCCGCUUUUACGCCUGAGACGGUCGGUGACAAUCUGACGAUUGCUCUCACUGAUACGUUUAGUACCAAGGUAUUCUGGGACGACUUGCUGCAUGAUGACAAGGGCAUUGAGCUGCUGAAGCGCUGGCGUGGUCUUCGCCAGGACUCGGGCGAUAGUGCCAAGUUUCUGCAGCAUGCUGUCGAUGUGUACCGCCGCAUCGGCGUCGACCCAUCGAAGAAGCUGAUUAUUUUCUCUGAUGGCCUGGAUGUCGCACGAUGCCUUGAGCUACAGAAGCUGACAAAGGAGGUCGGCAUCCUCGCUGGUUUCGGCGUGGGUACCAAUCUGACCAACGACUUCACUCGCUCGUCCUCGGGGGAGCGCAGCAAGGCGCUUAAUAUGGUCAUCAAACUAUACAGCAUCAAUGGGCGUCAUACGGUGAAGAUUAGUGACGAUCUGACGAAGAACACUGGAGAUCAGGACGAGAUUGAUAUGGUCAAGCGCCGCUUUGGCCUCUAUGGGCUCGAGCAUGUGGAAGAUGCCUAA